AUGGGGAACCCAGAACAUAGAAAUGAAACGUCCAUCACAGGAUUCAUCCUCCUGGGACUUGGAAUUCUUCCAGAAUUGCAAACUUUUCUCUUCCUGCUCUUUCUACUAAUCUACAUUGUAACUGUGGCUGGGAACUUCCUCAUCGUGGUGCUGGUGGUGGCUGAUCGGCACCUGCACACCCCCAUGUACUUCUUCCUUGGCAACUUGUCCUGCCUGGAGAUCUGCUACAGCUCCACCCUCCUGCCCAAGAUGCUGGCCAGUAUCCUGACUGGGGACCGGACCAUUUCCUUCAGUGGGUGCCUCACCCAAUAUUAUUUCUUUGGUUUUCUGGUUGCCACUGAAUGCUUUCUCUUAUCGGUGAUGUCUUAUGACCGGUAUCUAGCGAUAUGCCACCCACUGCAUUACGCAGUCCACAUGAGGGGCAGGGCCUGGCUACGGCUGGCAGCUGGGUCAUGGCUAGGGAGCUUCCUAGGUAAUGGCAUAUCAAUGUUGUCAGUCUCCCAGUUAACUUUCUGUGGCCCCAACGCUAUCGACCAUUUCUUUUGUGAUCUUGUCCCUCUGAUACGUCUCUCCUGCAAUGACCCAAAGAUGAUGGAAACUCUGGCUUUCAUAUACAGCUUCAUUUUCUUGCUGGGCCCGUUCCUACUCACCGUGACGUCCUACAUCUGCAUCAUCGCCACCAUCCUGAGGAUCCCGUCCACCAGAGGGCGGCAAAAGGCCUUUUCCACCUGCUCCUCCCAUCUCAUCGUGGUGACCAUUUACUAUGGAACACUGCUCAUUGUCUACAUGUUCCCAACCACCGAACUCAUGGGGGACUUGAAGAAAGUUCUCUCUGUUGCCUACAUGGUCCUGACUCCCCUGGCCAAUCCCCUCCUCUACAGCCUGAGAAACAAAGAGGUGAAGGAAUCCCUGAGGAAAGCUAGGAAGAAAUUCUUCUUUGGAUGA